CCGGAAGCAAGGCCUGGGAUAGGCUAAGGCGAGGGGAAACCUCUCCCACCCGGUGCAACCUCGGCGCCCGGCGCUGGCUCGCCAGCUGUUUGUAGGCCUGGGUAAGGGGCGGGGGUCCGCGGAGGGUAGAACCGCCCGCGGCCCAGCCUGUGCCUCAGGCUAGGACCGGCCGCGGGGCGGGCGACUCCGGGGCGGCUGGCGGUGCUUCCGACUGACAAGCACUGUUCCCAACCCGCGCUGCCCGCCGCGUCCCUGGUCUCGGCCGACGGCGCUGCGCGGCGGGUGACCUCUCCGAGCCCCGCGCGAUGACGGCGCCCUGCUCCCGGCUGGCCCGGCUUCCUCCGCGCCGCCGCCUCCGGCUCCGGCUCCGGCUCGUGCCGUUCCCGCCGCCGCUGCUGUUGCUGCUGCUGGCGGCCGCGGGGCCGGCGCGCGGCUGGGAGAGCGGAGACCUGGAGUUGUUUGACUUGGUGGAGGAGGUGCAGCUCAACUUCUACCAGUUCCUCGGGGUGCAGCAGGAUGCUUCAUCUGCAGACAUUAGAAAAGCAUAUCGUAAGCUUUCACUAACUUUGCAUCCAGACAAGAAUAAAGAUGAAAAUGCAGAAACUCAGUUUAGACAAUUGGUGGCCAUUUAUGAAGUUUUAAAGGAUGAUGAACGAAGGCAGAGGUAUGAUGAUAUUCUGAUCAAUGGACUUCCAGAUUGGCGACAGCCUGUAUUCUACUACAGGCGGGUGAGAAAAAUGAGCAAUGCUGAGCUGGCAUUACUUUUGUUCAUAAUUCUCACAGUGGGUCAUUAUGCUGUGGUUUGGUCAAUCUACCUGGAAAAACAACUGGAUGAACUGCUUAGUAGAAAAAAGAGAGAAAAGAAAAAAAAGACAGGCGGCAAGACUGUGGAUGUAUCAAAACUUGGUGCUUCAGAAAAAAAUGAAAGAUUACUGGUGAAACCACAAUGGCAUGAUUUGCUCCCCUGCAAGCUGGGAAUUUGGUUUUGCCUUACACUAAAAGCAUUGCCUCAUCUAAUCCAGGAUGCUGGGCAGUUUUAUGCUAAAUAUAAAGAAACAAGAUUGAAGGAAAAGGAAGAUGCAUUGACUAGAGCCGAACUUGAAACACUUCAAAAGCAGAAGAAAGUUAAAGUAAAAAAACCAAAACCUGAAUUUCCUGUAUAUACACCUUUAGAAAGUACAUAUAUUCAAUCUUAUGAUCAUGGAACUUCUAUAGAAGAAAUUGAGGAACAAAUGGAUGAUUGGCUGGAAAAUAGAAACAGAGCACAGAAAAAACAGACCCUCACUUUGAAGGCAAAUAAAGGGUAUACCUCAGCAAGAAGAAAAUUGAAUACAGAAGGAAGGAGAGGGCAGCAAGAAAAAGUUGUAACUCAGAAAAAAGCACCUGAAUGGACAGAAGAGGACCUCAGCCAGCUGACAAGAAGUAUGGUUAAGUUCCCAGGAGGAACCCCAGGUCGAUGGGAAAAGAUUGCCCACGAAUUGGGUCGAUCGGUGACAGAUGUGACAACCAAAGCCAAGCAACUGAAGGAUUCAGUUACCUGCUCCCCAGGGAUGGUCAGACUCUCCGAACUCAGAUCCACAGCCCAGAACUCCCGGCCCCCCAAGGCCGCCACCACCUUGCCGGACGACAUCAUCACUCAGCGGGAGGAGGCCAAGCAGGCUGGGGAGCUGGAGGAGGAGGACGGCGAGGAGGAGGCCGAUCCGGAGGCCGCGGAGGAGAGCUGGCCUCGGAGGCGGAGGCCAGCCCGGCCGCCCGAGCCGGAGGAGAAGGUCCGGGGAAAGAGGCAGAAGGACUUCGACAUGUCGGAACAGCACGAGUCCAGCGACGAUGAGAGCCAGAAGAGAGAGCGAGCGCGAGCCACGGAGGAGCCCUGGACUCAGAGCCAACAGAAGCUUCUGGAGUUAGCAUUACAGCAGUACCCAAAGGGAUCCUCUGACCGCUGGGACAAAAUCGCCAAGUGUGUCCCGUCCAAGAGUAAGGAAGACUGUAUCGCUAGAUACAAGCUGCUGGUUGAACUGGUCCAAAAGAAAAAGCAAGCUAAAAGCUGAAUCCUCUGGAAGAUGAUGUUUACCUUAUUUUCCAAAAGGAUUAUUUUAAAAAUCUUAUGCAGAAAUUUGCAUUUUGUACCUCACUAUUUCUAUACGUCAUGUGCCUUAGUAAAAAAAAUUAAAAAUGUAAAAUAAAUGUUGUGCUACAUUGUUUAAACAAAUACUGUGUUAAAGGAGAAAAAAUCAGAUUUGGGUAUUUUAUAGAUUAUUUUCUCUCUCAUCACUGCAAAGUUUAAUUUCCUGGGGAACAAACUGAAUAGUGCUUUCUAACAGUGAGGCAAAUGGAUGAUUUUGAAGGAACAUAUGAGUGAACUAAUGUGUAAGAAUGAAGACUUAAUGUGUUUCUUUGACCAAAGAUCACACCAGCUAAUGAGUAGCAGGAUGCCAGUAUUUGGGAGAACAAACCAGCUUUGUAUUGAGCUAGCUGGCUGGGAGUAGUGUGGGGUUAUCUUAACUGUAUGUAUAUGCAUAUGUUACAUGUAUGUAGAAAAAAAUAAGUCUAAAUGCACAAGGACAUAAUAAACUCUUAAGUUUGGAUGGUUUGGUAGAAGUGCAUACCCAACGGAUAGAAUUUCCAGACAACACGUAGGCAAGGUUUUUCAGAUCUGAUGACACUGGGUCCCACUUUUCAAUACCUGAGUUAAAAAUCACUAUUUUGUGCUGUUACUUUUGACUGAACCAUCACCAUCAGCUGAGUGCUCCUUUUUAAAUCUGUCAUUUGCUCAGGGCUGAGAGCAGUUUGCUGAAGUACAGAUUGCCUAAACUUGAAAACCAUUAAGAUCACCAGAACAGUGCUUCCCUGGUGCCGCAGUGGUUGAGAAUCCGCCUGCCAAUGCAGGGGACACGGGUUCAAGCCCUCGUCCGGGAAGAUCAGGUGCUGCAGAGCGACUAAGCCCAUGAGCCACAACUACUGAGCCUGCGAGCCACAACUACUGAAGCCCGCGCACCUAGAGCCCGUGCUCCACAACAAGAGAAGCCACUGCAAUGAGAAGCCCGCACACCGCAACGAAGAGUAGACCCCGCUCGCUGCAACUAGAGAAAGCCUGCUGCGCAGCAACGAAGACCCAACGCAGCCAAAAAUAAAUAAAUUUUAAAAAAAAAGAUCACCAGAACACAUUUCAGGGAGGUGAUUUGAUAAAAUGCUGUAAGAAGUCAUUUUUCUCUAAGGAUUGAAAUGAGGUUAGAUUCCCGGAGAAGGUUUGGGUGGCAGCAGCCACACUGGCUCUGUAACCUUUCAGCCUGAGCAGGACACACGUGGCUCCAGGUAGGCCCGCCUCUGAUGCUGUGGACGACCUGCCACCUCUGCGACGUCAAAAAGAGCAGUGGAGAAACUGUUCCAAGUCAUUGUUUUCAUGAACUGAGUCCUCGGGCAGCAGCUCCCCUGAGCCUCAUCCUGGUCGGGAAGGGGAGGCAGCUGGGGAGGGAGAGGCUGCCUGGCCUGCAUGUCAGGAGGCCUCUUUCUAAGAACAAACAGGAGCCGGUCACAGGCGGCACCAGAGCCAACAGCUUCUGCCCCAGAACUUUCUCCUGGAGCCAAUGGGGCCAUGAGGUUAUUACUGUGCAUUCGCUUCGGGCCAAGGCCCACUCCCCAUUGGUGUGGGACGUCUCAGAGGAAGAAGCUGGUGCAUGGAGGGAAUCAGGAAGGGAUUGUUCUGGCUGCUUUCCAGGCCUUGGGUCCAUCCUGUCUCCGAGUCCAGGGUCAGGCUUGUCACACAGCUUGGUUGUCCAGCCUGUGACAUUCUGUGAGCAUCCUUCCAUGAAAUCACCCUUUUCACUUACGGUACUUUGAAUUGGGUUUCUGUUGCAUGCACCCCCAAAUCCCAUGACCAGAUUUCUGGGCUUCCAGUGUGGGGAGAGACCCACAGGGGUCCAAAGAUGCCUUAAGAGGUACAAUUUAGGAUGAAAUGCCCUAAUUUGCCUACCAACCUCAUCUUUUGCACACUCACUAAGGAGGAGUCUUCUAGCAUGGUUUUCUACUAUCCCUGCCACCAGCCCCUUUCUGCGUGGCCUCCCCUAUUUGGGGGACCUGGAGCUGCUGAGUUUUGUUGAAGUAGGACCAGUGGGCCAGGUGGGGCAGGGCUCAGGAGCUCAGCUGCACACAGGAGACCCGUGGGGUUCAGCUUGAGUGAGGUCACGGUCGGGAAAGCAAUGGCACCUCCAAAAGGGGUUCCCGACACAGGUCUCAUGGGGACCAGGCACGGCCCCCCUCUCCUUCCUGACGCCCCAGGGAAGUGCUCUCUAAACCCACCCCUCAGCCCCGCCUUGUGACCUUAUCUAUCUGUUCACACCUCCGAGCUGUGUGACAUCAGUGCCUUGUCUUACCUCUUUGUCUCGAUUCCCUAUCUGGAAAAAUAGGGAAUAACGGUGGCUGCUGCAUAGGUUGUUACGAUGAUAAUCUGGCUUGUUGAACACAAUAAAUGUUCUUUUUCUAUCUGA